GGAAAACAAGAAAAGGGAUUUGUGUGAUCUUGUUAUUUCUCGAUACAGUGUGACAUGGAAUAGUGGACCAUGCUGAUUUCAAAGCAUGGGAUUUAAAUCCCCCUGCGCAUCCUGCACCAGCAAUGAUCACCAUCACAGAAUUUCUGGGAGUGGAGUGGAACAGCCAUGAAUGGUGAUGCACUUAAUCAAGACUCUUCCUCCCAGCUUCCUGACUGGAAGGAGUUCUGUGAGCUUCAUGCACAAGCUGCUGCCGUGGACUUUGCCCAGAAAUUCUGCCAGUUUCUAAGGGAGAACCCUCAUUACAAUGCUCCUGGGGCGGAAACAUCAUUCUCUAACCAUUUUGCUGCCAAUUUUUUAGACUUCUUCAGUUUUGAGGUUAGCAGGGUAUAUGUAUCUGAUUCUCCAACAAAAUAUAACAUUGUGCCCUUUGUAGGACUACAAAACUGCCAGGUGCCUUUAGCCAGGGAUUUUGUCCCCAGGAAAGAAGAAACCUCCACCGAGUCAUUAGAGAGCAUGGAUAAUCCUGUCACAAAUAAAUACUUAAGUCGGACUCAGGCCCGGACCCACAAGGUUUCAUCUUAUGGCCACUCCCGAAGCUCUGAGGAUGUAUCAGUCCAUGGAAACGCCAAGCCAAAAUUCAAGAAAGGAUUCUCACUGAGAAAUAUGAGUCUUUGUGUAGUGGAUGGCAUGAAGGAGAUGUGGCAUAGGAAGUCUUCUCCGGAGCCUAGUACGGACAAUGGGCAGACGAGACGGUCAGAGCGUGACCAUUGCACAGCGGGUAACCAGGAACAAGUGGAGCCACGCGAAAAAUGGACUCACAAAUUACGACGGUCAAAAAUGCAGGCAGCCAAAAUAGAUGUUGUUGACAUUCAGAGAGAAGGAACACUCAGGUACAUGGUGGCAGAUGAUACAAACUGUGUCGGCAGCUCUCAGUGGCAAAAAUGCCGCUUGCUUUUAAGGAAAGCGGUAAAAAUGGAGGGAGAAAGAUUCCUACUUGAAUUUUAUGUGCCUCCUAAGACCUCAAAACCUAAAGUAAGCAUUCCACUCUCUGCAAUUACCGAGGUCCGAACUACAAUGCCAUUGGAGAUGCCUGACAAAGACAAUACGUUUGUACUAAAGGUAGAAAACAGUGCAGAAUAUAUUUUAGAAACAAUUGACUCUCUUCAGAAACAUUCUUGGGUGGCUGAUAUACAGGACUGCAUAGAUCCUGGAGAUAGUGGGGAUGAUAUAGAACUUUCUUCUUGUGAGCAGGGAGCAUGCCUGCCAAGCCGGGCCUCGUCAUGUAGCUGCGAGUUCCUUGCUGAAGGAGCUUACCGACCACUUGAUAUGUGUGGUCAGGAUGUUAGUGCAAUAUCUGCUUUUCCUCUGCAUCUACCUGCUGUACCUACUCCGAUAAGAAGCUGGGAAAAUACUACAGUAGACCAUUUUGUUCAGGUCCCCCUAGAGAACUUUCUGCAGACCUUGGAGUCUCCGGCAUCUAACAGUGGACCAGGUGAAGAGGGUGAAAAAGAUGCUGAGAUAAACCUAUUUGACUACCCUUGGUUCCAUGGGACACUAUCGCGCAUCAAGGCUGCUCAACUGGUGCUUUCUGGUGGAACUCGGAGUCAUGGACUCUUCGUCAUCAGGCAGAGUGAAACCCGCCCCGGAGAAUACGUGCUGACUUUCAACUUUCAAGGCAAGGCCAAGCACCUACGUUUAUCUCUAAAUGAGACUGGCCAAUGUCAUGUACAGCAUCUCUGGUUUCAGACCAUCUUUGAUAUGCUGAAACACUUUCACACACAUCCAAUACCUCUAGAGUCUGGCGGCUCUGCUGACAUCACCCUACGCAGCUACGUUGUAGUGCAGUAUCCGUUACCUGAACCUGGACCCGUUGUUAGCUGCAGGACUGAAACACAAUCUCAACACUAUUUCUCAAGUUCUGGAGCGAGUAGCAUACAGCCUGUAACUCCCCCAGACAGCGCGUCUUCCACCACACACCCAGCAUAUCACAGGGUGGAAGGGACUCUUGGCACCAGAAGCCGUAGCAAUAGUGCAGAGCUUUUGCUAGAAUCACCAAAUGGAAGCACAGAAGACUACCAUGAAAGCGAUGGAUCUCGAAGCCGGACACGGGCCGUUGAGAACCAGUAUUCUUUUUACUGAAGCCAAUUUUAAACUACAGCACUACUAAUUUUCAGCAUUUCAAAUGUAGACACUAUGGCUGAUAUUUAGGAAGUCAUAAUAUGCCACAAGAAACCAUCCAACAACAGAACACAAUCUGUAUGUGUAUCAGAGUGAUGAGCAAUGAAAACACCAGGGUAACUGAGCCCAGACUGAAUGUCUCACAGUUCACUAGGGCAAGUGUAAGAAUCCCAUGUCCAGGUCUCUUUUGUCUCGGGAGAUGCUCAUACCCACUUUCAGAUAGCUGGAGUCCAAAUUAUUCCAGGUGGAUUGACAACCUUAGUGAACAUGGGAUUCCUACAGUUUGGGGAGUGGGUUCCUGUGGGAAAUUCACUAUGGGUGAACAGUGGAGCUCAUGAGUAAUUGCCAGCAACUAAGCAUUAUAUUUUUUUCACCUUUAUUAUUGAUAACUUGUUAAUAUCUUUAGCAGCGCUGUAUAGAGUAGGUAAUACACACAGGGCAUUAUGGAUAUUACAGAUCAGAACUCUGAUUAAAAAUUGUAUCAUUUACAGGCAUAGAGAAAAGUAGUUAUAUUAUGCUUGUUUGACAAGAUGAGUUUUAAGCAAGUGUUUCAAAGAUUUAAGACACUGAUGACUGGUGGUGUGAAGAAAAAGUUCCAUAGAGCAGGUGCAGCACAAGAGAAAUGAGUGAGGUGAUCAGUGAGAAAGAGAGAAGAAAGUUACCGGGAGAUCUGAAGUUUUAUUUGGGGAAAAUACCAGCAGAUUAUGGAAGAUAAUAUAUAUAUAUAUAUAUAUAUAUAUAUAUAUAUAUAUAUAGUUGCAAGUGUUCCGUAGGUUAAGACUAGCCAUAUCAGAAACUGAGAUAUAGGCGUAGUACUUGAAGGAGUGAUAAGAAAGGGUGUGUGAUUUCAGCUGAAGAAUUCAUAACAGAUUGGAGUUGAGCCAGUCUGAUCAGUGGUAGACCGCAGAGGAGAGUGUUGCAAUAUGAUUAGAGCGUGCAACAAUGUUCUACUUGUAUUAUGCUUGUGAAAGGGAUAGAGGUGAGAUGUGCUUUAAGGGUGUGGCACUGCCAAAACAACUGCCUCUACAAAGGGCUGGGGGAACUGGAGACAUUUGAAUGUUUUCCAAAGAGAUUCAAACCAACAGGUUAGGGGUCAAUUCAACUAGGUGUCAAUUGCAAGAUGUUUCAUGAAACUCACAGACUUUCAUAUGAAUGCGUGCUCCCAAGUAUUCUUCAAUCCAAUUAAAAAUGCCUAUUUGUGGUAAUCGUAGUGGAGGUUUGCAAAUAGUCAGCCAUAUGCCAUAUGAGAGAAGUGCAUGACAAAGUGGGGUAACCUUCCGGGACCCUCAAAAAAUGACAAUUUCGUUUGCAGAAUUUAUUAUUAUUUAUUUAUUAUUUAUCCUACAGAAGGCUGUUUCUUGUAAAGAAGGAAAGUACUGGGAGAUUUUUAAAUGGUGUUAAAUGGCUGAUUUGUGCAUUUUUAUUCUUUUUUAAAGUAAAAAAAAUUAUGAAAGCAAACUUUAUUGGUUUACUUUCAUACGAAAAAAAUAAAAAUGCAAAACAAAAUAGGAAAAAAGAUGCAUUAGGGAUAUUUUGAGGUGACUAAGAAAAAUGAUAAAAAGCUAUUAUUUUUCAAAAGAAUAAAUACUCUAAAUUUGGCCCACAAAAAGCAAUGAAAAAGUUGAUUUUGAGCUAAUUUGAGACAAUUUUUUGUAAACCCCCCCCCCCCCCCCCCCUUCCCCCCAAGAAAUAACAUGUAAUUAUUGGACUAAUUAAACUAGUUGGAAACUCCCAGUUGCCUAAUUAGUCAUUGGGGGGUGGGGAGUCAAAGAGGUUCUGUGUGGUUUCCAAAUGUUUUGACUUUAAAAUAAGUGAAGUGCGAAUGGAAAAAUGCGAGUUUGCUCUGUUUAGCUCAGUGUGAGUUUCUAAUUGGAUUGCAAAAUGCAAAUUUGCUGUCAAAACUGCAACUCGCACCUAAUUGGAUUGACCCCUUAGACGGAUUUCAAUUGACAAAUUGCAUCCAUGUUCAGUUCUAAGCAACAAGAGGACAUGACAGAGGGAACAGCAGCAAGGCAGUCAGGAAAAUGAUCUAGUACGGGUGAGAAAUGAGCUGAGAGAGAGAUUUAAUUCUUAGUAGACAUAAAAUAUGUGUAGAUACCGCAAAGAGCCAUGCCUUCAGAUCCAUUAAUUUGCCCACCAGGAAUCCUAACGUCGUUAGACCUCCUGACAUGCCAUCCAGGAUUUCCACAUGCCCUCCAGGAUUUCCACUUACUUUACAGGUCAUCACAAAUCCUCAAAUGCUAUCAUCUCUUCUUCCCACAUGCCCAUUAGACCUGACCAUAUUGUUUUCAGACCUCCCUAAUUGCACCUCACAGUCCCAUCAGACCUCCCCACAUGCCACUCCCCCCAACCUCCCAACACGCUCUUUAACCACUUAACUGGCAUGGUCAGAUCACAUGAAACCACGCCGCCCUACUGUGUCCCUCAGUUUUUGACAAGGAGAUCCGUUUUGCAGAUGUCCAUAAUACAUGUUUAAAUAUUUAAAAAAUACUCUUUAAACUUUAUUAAAUAAUAAAAAAAACAACAAUGUUGAACUGUUUUGGAGGGAAAAAUCGUCAGUUAAGUGGUUAAAUCCUACAAACAUGGCAUUGGACCUCUAAACAUACUCUCUGAUGCCCCCACACUCCCAGUAUUUGUCCAUCAGACAUUGCCACAUUCCCAUCAGACCUCCUUACAUGCACAUCAAACACCCCCAAAUGCCACUUACAUGGCCAUCAGAAAUCCCCACGUUCCAUAAUUCUUCCCCACAUGUUCUUCAUAUGCCCAUUAGAUUCUCACACAUAUCUCUCAAACCUCCCAUAUGCCUUCUUACAGCUGGGAUCCACAGACUCACAGAAGAAGGAGGGAGAGCACACCACUCCUUCGUUCUCCUCUGGAAGGAAGUAAGAUGCUUCAAAUAAGUUUUAUGCACUUCUUUAAACCGAAUCAUAGAUUAAAUAAGAUGUGAUGGCAGGGGACCCAUCUGCGUCUGCCAGCAUCUGCAGCUGGCAACCACAUUUGCAAGUUUGAGACCCACAUUUUGGACACUGCAGAUAUACUGUAGAACAUACUGAAACCUGAAAGAUCAAAUAAUCUAAGAAGACCAAAACUAUAUGUUUAGAUAGUGAGUAGAAUCCUGAACAUCGCCUCUUGUAUUUCAAACUAAUCUUAACCAAUCACUAUCGAAAGAAACAUUUGUUAGCAUUUACAUCCGGGGCAUGGGUAUAUUUUGUGUAGUAAUUAAAUAACAUCCCCUCACAUCUUUAGGUUCAUAUAUUAGUAUGCUGAGCAAGUCUUGUGGAUAUAACAUGAUUCUAGUGUGUGAACAGCUAUCUUCAUUAAAAUAAUUAGCUGACACAACCAUAGAGCCACUGUUCCUCAAAAAACCCUUCCGUCACCAGUAGAAAAGAAAGAGCUACAGUAGUACUGAGCUCCUGCACUACUCAGCCAGGAGAAGUUUUGUGCAGCUGCUAAUAAGUAACUAUGGUUGUGGUAUACAUGGCAGAUAAGCCACACAAAGGGCCCACUUUGCGCAUUUCUAGACGCCAUAAUACCAGAUUGUACGUCUAAGAUGCCACCAUCGGUUGCAUCAGGGGAACUUGCACCAGCCCUAUGGUAUAUGAUGAUUGUAAUCUGAGUAUGGCCUCCAAAGGGAGCGAAUAAGCAUCUGAGUUUGCAACCACCGUCAGCGACACUCAUAAAACGCCCAUAAGAUGCACCAUAUCUGUGCAUUUAAAUAGCCACCGCCCAGGAAAGCCCAGACCAUAGACCAUAUCCAAUAAAUUUCUUAAACCAUGCAUCUAAUUCACAACUGUGCCUCUUUGCAUACACACCAUGGGAUACAUGCGCCGGAUGAGUUUUUAGUAGCAAAUGAAUUCCAUGAACAUCAGCAUUGCCGGCGACUCAGAAUCAGGCCCAAACACUAAACCGAACUCCUCUUUCCCAAAUGUAGUAAACGUGUAUCAUCCAAAAAAGAGAGGUGCAACCACGUAAGGAAAGAGAAUGCGGAGCACAGAACGAUAACUGAAAUAGUAAAAUUGGGCCUGUUUCAGAGGUGGACGCAAAGUGUUCACAGUGGGGAACUUGCGUAGUUGGGCGAUUAUUGUACUGCGCGAGCAUCUCACUGCACAUGCAGUGGUGGCCGCAGUGCAAAUUUGUACACAGAUUGACUGACAGUGACUGUGUUGUAGGUGACGGGUGGGGUGGAAACUCAAAGGCAGGUGUGUCAUUGUGGAGGCGUCUCGGCCCAUGGCUGCAUCGCCUUACACAGUUGUGUAGUAUCUGGCGGCUUGGUUGCAAUGGUGCAUCUCUGUACAUAGCGGAAGAUCAUUGAUGCUGUCAGUGGGUGUGUCUGCACUGAUCCCUGCGGCAGCGUUAUCUGCAUAUUUUAGCAGAUCCGCUGAUUAUGUAUAUGUGAUUGCAAACGCAACUGCAUCCGCCGCUAUGGAUCAGGCCAAUAACAAAUGGCAAUAUAUGUCUUCUAAGGUAAAGCUCACCUUCAAUUGUGUUUCCUUUUUCUUGUUCGCCAUUUGUAGCUCUGUUGUUAGCAGGCAUCUUACAUGGCAAAUCUUGUCAAAUAUUGAUGUUAAUGUUAAUUUUCUCAUUUGCGUUUUCUUCUAUAAUGGAUUUCUUAGAAUUAGGAUUGUUAUUUUUUCUGUGAUUUUAGGCAGUAUAAGAGUAAUGAAAUGUACAGUUCAUGCCUCCUCCCAGCACUCACCCACUGACUCCUUUGCCCAGUGCUGACAGUAUUAUACUGGUACCACACAAGUUGUGGGCAUACUUGUUUUUAGCUGAUUUCUUUUAUAAACGUAUCAGUUUGCAUUACAGAGGAAUCAUUUUCCAUGUUUUAUAAUUCAACUAUACCGAGCAAUGUUCUCUUCCAGUGAUCUGAGGUCCACCCUGCAUGUGGGCGGCUGCUGUGAUUCCAUUUGCAGGGUGCAUAUCUCCGAACAUCUUAGACCCGUGAAUCAGGACAAAGGGUGAGACCAUGCAGAAAUGUGGGUAACCGUAUAUAUAGCUCAAUGGUAAGCGCCCAGCUGCUGCAUAUUCCCCUCCAAACACCCAUUUAUUGCACCCAAUCACGUGCUCCAUACCACCCGAUUUUCCCCACCAGCCUGGACAAAUCUGUUCUGAUUGGGACGGCAGGACAACCCCCUCUAAUAGGGACUGUUCCACCUACAUUGGGACAGGUGGGAAGUAUUAGGUAGCAAUGCGGCAUUGAGUCCUUCAAUGCUUUUCAGAAAGAGCUGAGAUGCAGUUCACAUUAAUGAAAUAAUACUUUGCCUAUUGAUUUCUUGAUACAAAACCUAGUACUAAGCUAGGCCACCGGCUUUGGAUCUAACAUGUCAUAACUGCGGAAACCAGCUGUCUGUUUUAGUACCAAACAAUCGAUAGGGAAGUUUUAAAAUAUUCCAAAAUUGCAUCUCUGGUUCUUUGGCAGUUGGUUCCUAAAUGCAGGGGUGGAUUGGCCAUAGGGCCCACCAGGAAGAUUCCUGGUAGGCUGACGUGUCUGUGGGGCCUGUUUUGUUUGUUGUCAUGUGGCCCCACCCCCCACAUGACCGGCAGCCCACCGCACUGAUGUGCUAAGUUUAGCACAUCUACGAACAGUUAAGGGCCCCAUACACUUAUGCGACCACAUGUCGCAGGCGAUCACCCCGGCAGCCUCCCGGAGGGCAGGAUCGCCUAAGAUACAUCGUAUGCUGUCCUUUUGCAUACGAUGUAUCUUGGGCGAUCCCAGCCAUGCCCCCAGGUCGGACCUGAUUGAAUGUGCAGCACAUUCAAUCUGGAGGAUCCGAUGCUCACGGGAACGCACAUCGGAUCGGAAACAUCUCCAAAAUGCCCAAUUUCAUCCGUUAUAUCGGGCCGAAUGCCCGAAAUCGGAUAAAAUUGGGCAUUAUCGCUCUAGUGUAUGGGGCCCUUUACUCUGACAUGCGGGGGGACGCCCAGCACUGGGUUAGUCUACCCCGUAUAUGUCAGGCCCUACCUUUUGUACCUGGUAAGAAGCUCCCAACCAGCGCAACUCUGCACGCGCGCCCCGCCAAUGGCGUUCCAACGCUGUUGGCACGCCUCCUCCCACCCCGCGACCACCUCUGCCUGUCAAUCAGGCAGAGGCGAUCGCAGCCCAGAGAUGCUCAUAGCACCUCACUGGGCCCCCGGGGUGCGCAUGUGCAGUGUGGCAGCUUCUGCGCAUGCGCACUCCACAAAAAGAUUCCGACUGCGAUUGCUGCAGCUAUCCAGUCUGAAUUAGCACCUUAGUACACUGCAUUGUCCCCAUUAAUUCUGUUAUUCCAUCUCUGCAGUACAGCAGCUCUGCCAUCCAGUGAUGCUGCCAUGGCUACACAGCAUGUCAUACCUCUUGUGCUGGCCAUGUCGGGCCACUUAUACAAAAUUUUACAGGGCCACUUUUAGUUCCCUAUCUGCCCCUGGUCUCAGACACAACUGCAGCAAAAGACGCAAAGAAGGCCGCAAUUGCAUGCAAUCAGGCCCCCCUCAACAGAGUCCACCCUCUCAUCAGACACCCCCAUUAGGGCUGCUGCCAUUCAUUUUUCCCGUUAUUUAUGUUCUGUCUUUGUAUAAGGACAUUUGUUCACGCUUAUCCCCAUCAGUGCUGGAAAAACAGCAUCAAAAAUAUCCUGCUGCUCCUCUGAAGAAAUGACCUCCAACAACCAAUACCUUCCACAUUACAAUCGGCUUCCCACAGGCCUUUAGCUGUAGAUAAUGUUACAUCACUACUGUUUGCACUUUUUAUUUAGACACAAGAUACUGCACAAAAUCAGUCAUGUGACUGAAUGCAGAAAAGUAUGAUUACAUGGAAGUACAGGUUGAGGAUCCCAUAUCCAAAUAUUCCAAAAUACGGAAUUUUUUUAGUGAGAGUGAAAUAGUGAAACCUUUGUUUUCUGAUGGCUCAAUGUACACAGACUUUGUUUAAUACACAAAAUUAUUAAAACUAUUGUAUUAAAUGACCUUCAGACUGUGUGUAUAAGGUGAAUAUGAAACAUAAAUAAAUUGUGUGAAUGUACACACACUUUGUUUAAUGCACAAAGUUAUUAAAAAUAUUGGCUAAAAUGACCUUCAGGCUGUGUGUAUAAGGUGUAUAUGAAACAUAAAUGCAUUCUGUGCUUAGAUUUAGGUCCCAUCGCCAUGAUAUCUCAUUAUGGUAUGCAAUUAUUCCAAAAUACGGAAUAAUCCAAUAUCCAAAAUACUCCUGGUCCCCAAGCAUUUUGGAUAAGGGAUACUCAACCUGUAUUACAUAACAAAGACUGAGAUGCUCCCAGUUAGACUGUGUGGAAAUGAAUGUGCUUUUGAUGUGUAUAAUUAUAUAUUAUACAGUUACACACCUGUCAUGUUCUUGUUUUUAUGAAGGGACAAUGUUUUUUUUGUUUUUGUUUCAUUUUGUAAAUCUAAGCAGAUCCAUAUUCCAAGAAAGGAACAGAAGAGGGUGUAGCUAUGGGGAGUGAUGUGGGCCAGCACAUAGUGACUCUACAAUCUAAACACAAAGAUUUGCCACAUGAUAUUUCACUGGUCCUGAACUGAUGCCAACUGUAUAUAAUAGCACUGUGUAAUUCAGUUGUAAUGUUGGUGUCACUUUCUGGUUUUUGAAUUAGAAUGAAGUGGAUUAUGUUAAAAGGUUCAUUCAGAAUCACAAAAUGAUAUAUUCUAAGGGCUUCUCCAGAAAAAUGAAAAAAAUCCUCAUAAAGGGGGGAGAUUUAUCAAAGCGUGGAGAGAGAUGACGUACCAACCAAUCAGCGUCUGUCUUUUUACAGGCUUUGUUUAAGGAGCUGAUUGGUUUGUACUUCAUUUCUCUCCACUUUAUCUCUCUAAAGAUGGGUACAUACUUAUCUUAAACAAUAUCGCUCAUUUUUACCCUUCUGGGCGAUGUCGUUUGUAAUAUCGCCUAGUUUGUAUGCUAUGAGCGGUGUACGCUCCCGCGGGUCGUUAUCGCCCCUCUCUGUUGCAUUUACAUGCAGCUGAAUUUGGACUUCUCGUCCAAAACUGCAUGUACGGGCUGUCGGCAGCGUGACGUCACUGAACGAUAUUGUUAGCGAUACCGUACAGUGUGUACGCACCAUGGGGGAUAUUCCGUUACCAUCGAAGACGUUUCGGGUGAUUUUUCCCGAUGUUUCUUCUAUGUUUUUUCACCCGGUAAAAACAUCCUUUUCACCCGAAAACACACAGGUUCAGCGAAACCUGUGUGUUUUCGGUAGAAACAGCUCCGUUUUCGGGUGAAAACAAAUCCCCAAUAAGCCGUGUCUCGCACCGGCUUAUCGGGGCUAAUUGAAUAGCCCCUGGCAAGACAAUUAGCUAAUUGAAUAUCCCUCUAUAUGGGCCACCACCAGGGAGGGUAGGGAAAACACUAGACGAUAUCGCUCACGGAGUGUAUCGUCAAGUGUGUCCCCAGUUUACGUUUUGAUAAAUCUCCCCCAAGGUCCGCCAAACCAUGAUAUGAAGUCUGUAGUGUCUGUACCUCUCUUAAGCAUCAUUUGACCAAUUUAAUUUCAGGGAUGAGGCGAGAGAUUUUAGGGAAAUAUAAGAAUGGUUAAUUUGUCUGGAGAACACAUUUACAGAAUAGAUACUUUCUAAGGUGGUAUCCAACAACCAGCGCUUAUUUUUCCGCAAAAAAAAGGUCUAUUAUCGCUAUUUUAGCCUGAUGGUCAUUAUCAGGCUAUCCAAUUAUAGCCCUUAUUUUUCUGACAAAAAAAUGCCCUGUUUUCAGAUGAAACACAUGGCAACUGAGAUAAGUUCCUGGUCCCAUGUGCUUUCAUCCAUCAGCCGCAGUAAUUUACCACGGCUAAUUGGAUACUGCCCUAAGCAAGAGAUGGUUGAGAAUGAUAUGUAAGAAACUGAGGUGACAGAUAUGAUGAAUGGGGUAAGGUAUCAGGUCAGAGUUCAGAUUUCUCACGUGGCUUCAUAUGUCAUACACCAGACAAGAAAUGCACAUCUAACUGAACAUAUGAAUUUUGUCUUACAAUAAAGACAGACAAUGAUUACUAUAAACUUUUUUUUAUGUUUUAGAAAACUUUGUAAAUGUAGAACAAGUGUAUACAUUUAUUUGUGUUGUAGUAUAAUUGUUACAUAAUUUAAAUACUGCCAAAAAUUCACACCUGUAAGAAAAUGUCUAACGGUUUUGGUAAUGUAAUGAAUAUUUGUAUGUUUUCUUUAGUGCAAGUUUCUUUGGAUUACAUAAUAAAAAAAUGCUUAAGUACUGUA